GUGGUCUCCAUGAUUAAUACGUUUGAGCUCGUACUCCUUGUUUAUUCUCCAUAAUUCCUAACCUUCUUUUAAUUUCGAAUAGAAUUUUGUGUCUAGGAUAUAUAUAAACACUCGUUUAUGCAAAUAUAAAUAACUAAUUUAAAUCGGAGGAGGUUGUACAACGUUCUUAUCUGGGUGCCUAGUGCGAUACUAAUAUAUAUAUAGCCAUGGAGAAUUUGGGUUCGAAAUCAUUGUUAAUUUCAAAAUUGAGGAUUAAAGAUACUAUAAAUAAAAUCAAAAAUAGUUCACCACAUCUACAGGAAAUUCUUAGACAGAGAUCUCGCGAAGAAAUGAUAGAAAGAAGAAAACAAGUAUUUAAUAAAAGAAGAUUUGCAAAGCUAAUUGGUUCAAACUUAUCGAAAAAUGAUUGUGAAGAGAAUCUGGAAAUGGAAGAAAAUUUAUAUAGGGAACAAGAGCAUUGGAUGCUAGCAGAUUAUGACCGUAUGCUGCAGAAGGAAAUUGAAUGGAUAGAAUCGCUUGUUUAUGACGAUAAACAAAAAGUCAUUUGUCCGAUAUGUCAAGUAAAUUUAAUGGUAGAAAUAUUUGGGACCGUAUCUUGCGAAGUUUGCGGAUUUCGACCAACAAAUUGUAACAAUAUCCAAAUGCUUGAAAAUUCGAUUGAAAAUAGCGUUAACAAUCACUCUCAAUAUUGUACCGCUGUGCCUGGUUUUUCGGUGGUCGAAGAAAACAAAAACUUUCUUUUGUACAUGACAUGCGAAACAUGUUCAUUCCUAACGUGCGUUAUUUAAUGUCUCUGUGUGAAUUUUCCAAAUAUUUAAAUACUUAAUUUAAAUAUUAAAUUGUGUGUUAAAGUUGAUCGAUUUCAUUCUUUCUUAUAAUUGGUAGUUUUAAAAUCAGUUGUUGAUAAGCUACGUGGUAGGAUUACACCGGCUUUUGUUUUUAGUAAAUAUUCAUUAUGAUAUUUUUUUGGAGAGGUGUAUAUAUAUAUAUAUAUACAUCUAGAAAUUGAUCCUCAAAUUAUUGAGUUUAAAAACAAAGUUGAAAAAAGAGAGACAGAAAGAAAGAGGAAGAAAGGAUAUAAUUGUUUUUUGUUUAAAUUAAAUAAAAAUGCCAUUAACAUUAUUUAUUUUCUAACGUCAAUAAUUGUAACAAAUUAGGAAUAUAUAAAAUACAAUAAUUAACCCAUUAUAUUAUCACUUUCUCAAGAUUAACAUUUGAAAAAUAACAGUAUACUAUAGCAAAGUUUAGUUCAUUCACGCGUAUAGAAAUAGUAUAUACAAAAUGAACAUUUCUUAGUUAUUUUUUCUACUUUUACGUCCCAUUUGUAAAUAUGUAUUAAAACACGUCUUAAAUUUAAGUAAAUGAGAAAGACAUGGAUAUACCGUAUAGUUUGUAAGAAAAUUGGACGAAAGAAGUUGAAUAAAUGAGAAAAAAAUAAAGUAUGAUACAAUUAGAAAAACGAGUUUUGAAAAAUAAACAGCUU